UACAAAACCCAUAAAAGUACAAAUCAAGAUCGGAAAAACUAAGUUGAUGAUGGGAAUGCAGAGCUUAGUAACCGGGCUUCCACUUAAAGGCCUUGGGUGCUCCAAUGGGCUUGAGAAUGUGAACAAUAGUGGCAAUGUUUGGACAUCCCUCCAUAAAUCGCCUCUGCUGCUGCCAUUGAUGCCACGUACAAAAGAUAGUAGAACUCUUCCUUCGUUCGUACCCUUGAAUGUAUCUCUUAAAUCAGGGCGCUAUCGAAGGCAUCAAUGUGUUGCUGAUGCUCGUGAUUUGGUUCUUCCACCUGGUACUCCUCAAAGAAAUGCUGUCUCUCUUUUAACAGGGCAGCAUCGAAGGUAUCACUAUGGUGGUGGCACUAAUCCAAGAAACGUUCCCGAUGUUGAUCAUUCGCUUGGUAGAAUCGUUCCUGAUGUUGAUGAUUUGGUUGGUAGAGGCGUUUGCCACUUUCCUCAUGUUGAUGAUUUGAUUGGUCGACGUGCUACUCCUCCAAGAAGCGAUCCUAAAAUUCAUACUCCGAUUUUCCGAUGUGGUGGCGUGGAGCAUUCGCUGAUUGGAAAGGCUGCCUCUUACGUCCGUGGGUCUCUUGUUCGUCUCACUUUCCACCAAGAUCGCCGUAUCUUGACUGUACUCGCAGGGACUAUAAUUCAUUCCGACGGUGUAAUUGCGACUUCUGCAAGUUGUUUAAGUUUUCUCAAAAGCGAAGAACACAAGUUCAUGGUUGAUGUCAAGAUUUUGGCCACGCAAAAGACAUAUGCGGGUGUCUUGUUGGAUGUUGAUUUUUGUUCUAAUAUCGCUUUUGUAACGAUCGCAUCUUCCCAACCGCUACCCCACGCAAUAUUUGGAAAGUUGGACGACCUGCUUUCAGGUGAUCGUGUUGUGACUGCGAGUUGUUCGAAAGAACUUGGAAGGUCAGAUCGCAUGCGUUUAACGGAUGGGGUUCGGGAUGAGAUCCAUUUUCGGGAUGUUAGUUUGGAAUCGCCAAAACCUAAUUACGUUGAAGGUUAUGUCAGUUUGGUUGCCAAUGAGGAGGAAAACCCUGAGCCUCACAAUGCAAGGACAUCCGGCCUGAUCAUUAAAGCGUGCGUUACAAAUAGACAUGAUGCUGCGAUCGGAGGAUGUCUUGUCGAUCCGAGACGAGGAGUCGUCGGUGUCGUUCAUUUUGCCGAUGCGUAUAAUUCCCGAGUUGAGGCCACACCAAUUGAGCUUGUUCUCAAAUAUCUGGAGUACUUUGAGAAACGUCUAAGAGGUUUGCCUCUAAUCCAUUGCCUCACUCACUGUCCAUGUCUCGAUUUCUUGUUUCGGGGGUUUAAAUGAUUACAUUUGUCGUCACAGUCUAGAACAAGCUAAUACACUCCAAUACUCCAUGGACAUUCUAUGGGCACUUGUGAGGGUCUUGUUUCACGUGUGACUGAUAUUAUCUUGGGUCAAAAUACUUAAUGGAUUAUGUACUUGGAGACUUGUUUUUGGUUCU